GCACCGUCACACCCCCAGGGCUCGAGAAAUCAGAACUCCUUGAUGGGCAUAUGGAACCACAAGCAUCGUCCAGUGCCUCGGCGUCAGUGACACCAGUGCCUGGAGUUCCAGAGACCGCACUUGGUGAGACUCCUACAGCCGAGUCAGCGCCGCCACGAGCACAAGCAGUGGAG